AUGGGUCACUGCUCUGCUCACAUACAUGCACUGAUACGUGUCAUUGAUUGUAAAUGAUAAUGUAGAGUUGUUUUAUUUUUUAAGAUCCCAAAAGAAAGGUUCUUGCCACUGGUAGCGUACCUACGCAGAACUUGCCAACAAAGAGUCACAAAGUUGAGACUAAAAAGCAUUGCGUUUUAGUGAGAUCUUCAACUGAUGACGAGCCUAGCACAUCAACCAGUCUAAAGAAAGGUUCACUCUCGCUGGAAAAGUUCUGGAAACAUAUGCAAAAAGAUGAAGUUCUUGGCAGUUGGAAAGUAGAACAUGAAACGAAUGAAUGUGAGUUCAGGCUAGAACUACUUGAUGGCUGUCACAUAAUUCCAAAGUACACCAUAAUUAUAGACUCUGGUUUUAUGUUUACGCUUUUUGUGUAUAAUUGGCCUAUCUCCGAUGAACACACGAUAUACCAAGAACGAGCUUGAUCUGCGAGACCUGAAAAUAUUGGAGAACUCUUACGAUCAAUUGAAUCUGUGCAAUUAUGCGAAGGAUUACCUGAUCUUACAGAGGUCAAGGAUAUUGCGUUGGAUCCUGCAGACGAUGCUCGGAUACCAAGAACAUUAAUUCGCCAUUCUCUUCCAAAAUUAGUAACCAAUAAUGAAGCAGUGUUUGAAGUAUCAGUUUCAUUCAGGUCAGUAGCCUGUUCACUUCUGCAGGAAAACAAUACAAACUGUGAUAAACCUUGUAAGCUGUGUUCAGGUGCACUGAAUGCGAUCAAAACGUCCAGUAGGAAGAAGUCGAAAUCUGCUGCUAUUCCAGCCAAAAGUAAAGCACCACUUUUGGCAUGUGGAAAAGAAAAACUUCGAGUUACAUUGGAAGCUACAAGACUGGAAAAUAAGCAGCUUCAUGAUGUUGUUCAAAAGCUUGCAAGAUAA